AGUACUUGAGCACGGCCGCGUGCAGUAUGGACAGUCCUGCCGACUUCUCCACCAGCCACCCGGGACCCGCUGAUGGCGGCAGCAAUGGGGACGACGGGUAUGAAGCUUCUGUGCCAGCCGCGUCUCCCUGGGAACCGGAGAAGGAGGACAAACUCGUCUCCUCACCGGAAGAAGACGACGACUACGCCGAGCUUGGUGAUCAGCAGGCGGAAGAAAACACGUACGAGACUCCCUCGCCGACCAGCGCCGUCCCGGAGACCGGGGGUACAGAGAGGAGUUCAAGGCCUGUCCGCAUACUGAGCUACCGUCUGGGUGGACUGGGGAGGCGGCGCCACAAGGACAACGGCGACCUUCAUGGGCUCCUCUGGAAGGCUGCCAUCGUCAUUUCCAUCGGCUGUAACGUCUGUGUCAUCAGUCUCUUCCUGCAUGACAAGGGUAGGUCAUGA